UCCACUCACCUGCCAGGUGCGCAACGAAGAUGAUGGCCAUGAACGGCAAGCAGCACUUCACCAUGCACCCCGCGCUGCACCCGAGCUCCGACGGCAUGCGGCGCGUGUGCCUACCUGCCCCGCAGCUCCAGGGCAAUAUAUUCAGCGGCUUUGAUGAGAGUCUCCUGGCCCGCGCUGAAGCUUUGGCGGCGGCUGACAUUGCAAAGAGUCACCCUUUCAAGACGGACGUCACCUACCAUACCAUGAGCAGCGUGCCUUGCACCUCCUCGUCGUCCACGUUGCCCAUUUCUCACCCUUCAAACAACCUCCCCUCGCACCAUCACCACCACCUGAGCCACCAGACUUUGGAAGGAGAUCUACUCGACCACCUUUCCUCUAGUUUGUCGGUCAGCGGCAUGGGCGCGCCGACGGAUCCUUCGGUGAUGACCACCCAAGCCCACCAGCACCACCUGCAAAUGGGUCACCUGCACCAAGCCAUGGCCAUGGGCCACCCGCACACCCUGUCGGUGCACAACGGGAUGGCGUGCAUCAGCGACGUGGAGUCCGAUCCCAGGGAGCUGGAGGCGUUCGCCGAGAGGUUCAAGCAGCGGAGGAUUAAGCUCGGGGUCACCCAGGCGGAUGUGGGUUCUGCCCUCGCCAACCUCAAGAUUCCGGGCGUCGGGUCGCUUAGCCAAAGCACCAUCUGCAGGUUCGAGUCCCUAACCCUUUCCCACAACAACAUGAUAGCCCUCAAACCCGUCCUCCAAGCCUGGCUGGAGGAGGCUGAAGCGGCUUACCGGGAGAAAAACGGCAAACCGGACCUUUUUAACUGCAACGAGAGGAAACGAAAGCGCACGUCGAUCGCGGCUCCGGAGAAGCGAUCGCUCGAGGCGUAUUUCGCCAUCCAGCCGCGACCGUCGUCGGAGAAAAUCGCGGCUAUUGCGGAGAAGUUGGAUCUGAAGAAGAACGUGGUUCGGGUUUGGUUCUGCAACCAAAGGCAAAAACAGAAAAGGAUGAAAUAUUCGGCGGUGCACUAGUGUUGAUGUUGAGAAUUAGACAUUUUAGGAGCUUCACAUGCAGGGAUCUAAAUAUCUUUAAUCGUUGUAAGCCUAUAAAGACUCCUUUUCGUAUAUUGCCUUCACUUGGUGUAGCCUAUUUUACACAUUGAUAUUGACCAAUCUUUGGCCGGACUUUAUACAACCCCGUGUUCAUGUACACAGUGUAUACAUUAUAUUAUAUAUAUUACAUUUAUACACAGUGUUCAUGUGUAGUACUAAGCAAUACUAUUUAACAUGUAGCACUUACCGUUUAGUUAUUUUACGGGACUGACUGUGAGAACACACUGUUACUGUUAUUACUAAAUGAAUCAUGGAAACUUAAUAUGUGUAACAUGGGCAUCGUAAUGUAAAUCGUUCCCUAUUAUUUUUGUUAAAAUGAAUACGGUAUGAAGUCUGAAUUUUAAGCAAGCGAACGCAAUCCUUUCAUUUAAAAUAAUUUGCUUUAAAUAUAUUUUCAGGAGAUUCAUCGAAAGGCUACUAUAACUUUGUUUCAGUAUUAUCACACGUGAAAUUAUAUUUUGAAGUGUGUACGUGUGUUUUGGUAUUUAAAGACGUAUUUAUUUAACUAUUACAAUUUACGCACAAGGUGUUGCUGGAGUAUCACAUGAAAUGUCAUUUGAAAUGUGUUUGUAAUAUUUGUUUGAAUGUCUCGUGACUGCAUAUAUGAUGUAAAUCACAUGUUCUCACAAACUGUCACGAAAUAUUUCUUCGUAUUCGUGAAUGAUCGUCAGUAAGUCAAAGUGAUGACGAUGAAAAUAUGCAAAAACUGAUGGUGUGAAGAAUGCUGCUAUUUGGUUUGCAUAAAUGUAGCCACUACAAUCACUCUCACGUUUAUUCUUCACAUUACACUGUGUGACUUUGAAUGUUAUUUA